ACGCUGUGCUAUAAUUGGCCGAGCAUGGACGUGGGACGGGUGGUUGGAAAGACGGUGAAUGGAAAGGGGAUGGCUGGUGGUCUUGGGUGUGAUGUGUGUUAUUGGUUUGUAGAGGACACGCAGGAGAAAGAAGGUAUUCUCCCUGAGAGAGCUGAAGAGGCAAAGCUAAAGGCCAAAUACCCAAGCCUAGGACAAAAGCCUGGAGGCUCCGACUUCCUCAUGAAGAGACUCCAGAAAGGGCAAAAGUACUUUGACUCAGGAGACUACAACAUGGCCAAAGCCAAGAUGAAGAAUAAGCAGCUGCCAAGUGCAGGACCAGACAAGAACCUGGUGACUGGUGAUCACAUCCCCACCCCACAGGAUCUGCCCCAGAGAAAGUCCUCGCUCGUCACCAGCAAGCUUGCGGGGUAACCUGAGCCCCCCUCUCCUCCCCUUCCUCAACCACUGGACGUUUAUAUAUUAUAGGCAGGGAUGAAAUGGGCACCUAGUCAGAUCUUCUCAGCUUGCUAGCCAGAAAUGACUGUGAUUCUGCUGGGGGCUGCUGAGAAGGUAAUGUAGGUUGAAAAGGGGCUCUAAGUUUAUUUAUUUCGUUAGAUUGACACUUCCACACUCCCUGUAGUCCAGGUAGGGCCCAGAAAUAGGAAAGGCUAGGAUUGGAUAAUGCUGCAAAUGCUUUUUUUGUGUGAGAAACUGGAGAGGUGUGAUUUCUCCUUUUGGGAGAGAAUGUCCCAAAAUAGAUUAGGCUGAGCCUUGGGAAUAGUUUGGCAGGUUUAACAUCCCAAGGCUAACCUAACAUAGUUGGGAAAGGUAGAUUGAAUGAGACAUGUUUUCUGUGCUUCUAAGUGUUCUAUCCCUUAGGCUGCUAUUGCUUCAUGUUUCCAUUAUGGCAGGUUUAGAGAAUCCUUAAAAAGAAAAAUUGACUUGCUUGCCUAAAACUACAGUGCCCCCUUAGCCUCCAUUACUUAGUAUCUCUUACAGUUUGCUCUGGCUCUCAAAUAAUAUAAAGAUUGAUGAACAUUAUUCACAGAAAAUGGGCACCUUCUCUCUCUCUUCCAGCAUGUUGCUUUUGAAAGUAUCAUGGGAUAGUGGGACGAGCACUGGUUUAGGAGUCAAGAUAUCUGGGUUUUCACUCUACUCAGUCCCAGCAGAGCUGUUGUAUAACCUUGGUUAAGUCAUUUAGCCUCUCUGGAUUUCUAUUUCCUCAUCUGUAAAAUAGAGUUAAAUGUAUGUAAGAUUGAUUCUGAUUCUGAAGUUUUAACUGCCAGCAGAAAAACUCCAUACUGUUCAUUGUAAAACUAAAAGUGAGGAAGGCUCGUGGGUGGUGAACCUCUGCUCUGUAAUACUGGGAAAGUACUACAGAGGGGAACCAUUUGAGGGAUACAUGAGGAGAGAGUAAAUUGAGGUUUGGGGAUUAUAAAUUCAGGCAAGAGAACCUUAUAGAUAUCACAGUCUUGAGGGUCAAAAAAAAAAUACUUAGGAAGCUAGCCAUGGAAGCUUCUUGCCUCUGACCCAGCUCACUUUCCCAGCCUACCUCUGGGCCUUAGCUGCUAAAAAGCUUCUCUGGCAGCGGAGCUGCAGGCCUGAGGAAACAUGCUCAGUCAUGCACAUAUGUUGACCCAUGUUUCAGAUGCAGUCUGAUGCCAGGUAUAUUGUUAGGGAAAGAGGAAGAAGGGUAAACUGAGCUAGCCCCUGGAGCUGAGUACUCCCGCAGGGCUGGAGGAACAGGUUCUUAGAAGAUGAUUCACCUUGGAGGAAGCUGGGGAAAGUGGUUAGGGAGGGAGAGGAGGAAGACUGAGAAAUCUCUGCAUUCCCAGAACUCAGCAACCCAGCUCUUUUAUCAUGAGGAGAGGUGGCCAUGCUGACUCAUGAACAGGUGGAGGAAAGGGGUUGCAGGUGACCAGCAUCUUCAAUCUAGUUAUCACCAGCUUGGCUAGAAUUUUAUUGAACGCAACUUGCUAGUUAUGACAGAGAGGGCCAGGGUGAGAACUAAUGUUCAAGAGAGCAAGAUUCUGUAAUCCUCUUGCCCUCUCACAUCACAAAUUCUGAUAUGCCAAACAUUUGGCCCAAUGAGAAUGACUGAUAGACUUGCUGAUGUGCAUGUGGGGGGAUGAGGUGUGUAUAUACUUUUCUCCUGACUGGCCAUUCAGUGUUCAGGCUGUCAUUCAAAUUGGAUAGGAGAAAGUUGGUGAGGAAGGAAUGGAGAGAGCAGGAUCCCUGGACUCCCUGGUCCCCAAACUCCUUGACUGUCACUUGUAAUUGUAUAUAAUUUUUGUGUUUCUUGCUCCAUUUCCUCAUGCUGUCAUCCUUAAAGUCCAUGUGGGAAGGGGAAAAUGCUGAACACCAUUGUAUAGUUUCUUCAACUGUCCCAGCCAUGUUGUACAUAGAUAUGUCAUGUUAUUAUAUAUAUAAAUAUAUAUAUAAUUUUGUACGUUU